AUGACAUCAUCACUGUCAUGGCGCUCCAUAACAGAGUCCAGCCRGUCCCACAGGACCUAUGCCGAACCAAAGUACCUGGUGGCCGUCCAGCCAAUCCCUGUCAACGACAUGAAGAARCACUGCACAGGCAAGGUGAACCUGGAGAAGCCGCUCCACCUGGUGAUCGGCUCCAUCAGCCCCACGGCGGUGCUGCUGUCCUGGGGGAACCACCUGAAGACGCCGUAUGAGAAGAACAUCAUGAGCGAGUGUCUGGAGGAYGGAGCAGUAAUGACUGUUGACUUAUUUGCAGUUCUUCACAACAGUUCCGGUCUUCGGGUCCCGGCCGUUAAGCCAGUUAACCCCGGGCUGUCGCGCUCCGUCUUCGAGUCCCCAGAGAGCCARCAGGAAACGGUYCCUGCGCCCGGCUCCGCCCGGCCCAAACCCGCUCACGGCUCACCUGAAAAAGGAAWCAGUGUCAUAACCAACCGAACCCAUYCUGCGGAGCGGCGGACCCCUGCCCCCCCCAAACUGCUGCCUACCUCCACCCCUCCUGCCAACAUCACUGUCUCUAACUUCCCCUCCAAAGGCGCUGCGCUUCAGACCAGCAGGGCUCCUGAGAAGCUUCCUAACCCUGCGGCUGCUGUGAAACCUCAGGACGGCUYGCCGCUGCUCCGAUUCGCCCUGGCCAAUGAGCGGGCCAAGCCCGGCACCUGGGGCCAAGGCAGCAGCAGGAACAGGAGGCCGUCACUGCCUGUGAUAUCCUCCAGCCCUGAAGCUUCCCCACUGAUCUUGAGGAGCCACCUUGACCCCUUCUCUUACCRCAUCACACAGCGCCACUCUUCCUCUAGACCCAGUAACUCGUCCCCGACCUCUUUGAUCCUUGGGGCAAACGGACAGCCACACCGGGGCAUUUCCCAGCCCAAACUGGCCUUAUGGCCCAGAGCUCGACUGGUCAACAACUCGCUGACGGAGGACAAGAAGUCUGAUGUUCCUGCUGGGUUUGGUCGGUCAGGUGUCGUCGUUGACGACCGGCUUCAUGGAUCUCCAUUUCGGACGACUCUGAACAUCCGGCCAAACGAUGUGCGAAAACCUGGAGAGACCGACAAGGUGAACCGCCCUGACAAGAGCGGAAACCCAGAAAUCCCAAAGUAUAAAGUCCCAACAGUGACGACCAAACCGACCAAACAGGAGCGAAGACAAACCACGACUACAGCAGCUCCGACAGCCGUGACUCGGCAGGAGAGUUGGGAGGAUUCAGACCUUUUCCAGUCUCAGCCAACCUCUGAUGUCGAUGCAAUGGGCAAGAAGCGUUACGUGGCACCUCAUGUAGUUUAUCAAACCGGGAAGAAGCCGGAUGAGCCGUGCUCCAUCACCUCCUCCCUCAACUACUUCCCUGAAGACGAACCCGGCGAGGUGAACGUGACGUCUCCUCCGACCAGCCCACCCGCCAACCUCACUGUGGUGACGGUGGAGGGAUGUCCGUCCUUCAUCAUCCUGGACUGGGAGAAACCAGACAACCACACCACCGAAUACGAGGUGAUCUCCACUGCGAAGGGACCGGAUGGAGAACGGGUUUCCAUCCUGACUACCAACCAGACCCACACUGCAGUGGAGAACCUGAACCCUGAGAGCAGGUACUCCACCUCUCCCUCUACAGCCUCAUUCCUCAGCAGGUUGCAGAGGUCCAGCGUCUCAUGGAGGGAGAUUUAUCUGUGAAGGUUCCAGUCUGCAGCUGUGCAAACAGGCCGAGACGCCGCGCUCGGUUUGAGCUCWGCUACAGCCAAUGCUUCAUGAGUCCUGAUGAGAGAACGGUACUGAGUGAGGCCGGGUUCACAGUUAGGACAACUGAAUCACCAAGAGAAUGGGAGUUAAGGUGGAUGGCCUAUACAAAACCUGUUCACUACAWUUUUUACACAAAAUCAUUCUUGGAUAGAGAGAUUUUAGUCUGAUCAGUUUGAGUCGUUUUAGGGACUCUGUCACUUUAAAGCCAAAUGAGYUGCUGCUGGCCAUGCCCCCAGGUAAACAUUUACAGUCACAUAUGAAAAUGGGUGYAAACAGAUGGGCACUUAUACAACUGUACGUCAUAGAAAAGCAGAGGUGGAGCCUUCUGCACAUAAAGAAUGCAGAAACAAAACUCUUGUCUUUUCCAGCAGCAGCAGCUUUUACAGCUGCCCAAACACUGGAGAUCAGCCUGGGUUGCUAGGUAAUGGACUAGUCCAGAGGAUUUUGAAAUGGCUCAUUUUCCAGACACCAAAAACAUGAACUU